GCGGGCAUCUCAUCAGCAUCAGCCUUUCACCAGGUGGAGUUCUGGGAGAGCAACCACUGGGAGUCGUCAACAACAGCUCAACUUGGCGUUACUCUGUGUCUAGGACAUGGCAGGAACAAGUGUCCUGAGACCGGCGUCACAGGCUCAUCUGAGCCUGCAGAGGAUAUUGACUGUGCUCCAGCCGAGUUCAACCUAGGACGGCCAUUCAAGGAGUUUACUGCCAGCAAGCAGCCACCCACCUCCAGCAAAGGUGGAGGGCAUGCUGAGACGAUCAUUGUGGUCGACAAGUCCGGUGUCUAUGAGUUUCCAGUUGUAUGGUGCACUUGUACUGACAAGCUACCACACAAACAACUCUUUGAUUUGCGACUGUAUCCGGCUUCACAAACCAACCCCAAGACCAUCUUCACCUUUGAUGUACUGGAUGACCUCUUGGUGUGCAACUUUGAAGGCAAAGAGGCCCCACACUCUUAUUUCCGGCGCCUCACCAGGAUGACCAAUGAGGCAUUUCUGGAUUCAGUCCCGGUAUGUAAUAUGUGUUUUCUCCGGCUGAAAACGCGCAAGAAGCAUGGACACGGGUAUGGAGACAGCAAGAUGGAAGCAGCAGGGGCAUCAUUGGCCACCACAUGUGUGGCAUGCCCCCACCCAGGUAUUAACCUGGACAAUGACUGGGAGAGUAAAGGCCUGGAAUGGUUGUACUAUGGGUGGGCGGUGGUGGAUGGCAACUUUAAGCAACAGAGCUACACGAUGAGAAGGCCAGAGAACAAUGUUCCACUAACUGACAGCCUGGGGUACACUGUCAACAAAGCAAACUAUCAGGCUCACUUGGCCACAGCCAAAGAAACCCCUCACAAAUCCACUUGCAAUAAUCAUCGAGCAGUAUCCCAAGCCGGUCAGAGACGGAACCACCUGGCCGUCACUGGUCUAGCCGCCCUUGUGUGUGCACAGCAUGGCCUGUGGUUUGCAAGCUUGGUGGUUGACUUUCUGCUAGGGGAAAGACAAGCCUACAUUGACUAUGCGCUAUGCAUAGUGCUUCAGCAGCUCCGGAAGCACAAAAGGGUGUAUCUGUUCUAUGACAUUGUAUGCCAAUACCUUGUCAAACUACAGCAGUGGAUCAAAGACUCACCCCACCUCACCAUUCCUGAACACCUCAAGAUCAUUCCAGCGAUCAGCGAGUGGUUGCAACGACUGGUAACUGCCUAUGCCGGACACUCCGACAAGGUCACUGCCAAUGAUGCUGUCUUCAAGGUUGAUAUCCGCAAGCUCCCUUCCAGGGCCACCACCGGCCUUGAAGUGACCCAGGCAAAAGAGGAAUUGACUGGGUGCCUUAUUCGUAUAAUCGAAGAGUUCCUUGAGGACGCACCCAAGUACAUGGGUAACUUGCUGAUUGGCGCUGUGACUGACAAGCCAUAUGUGGUUGAUAUUGCCUCUGGUAUCAUGGACAGCGCCGAAGAAGGUGACGAGGAUGGUACUGAUGGCAUCCCUUAUGACCCAGAGGACGAGGAAGAGACCAAUGCUGCGUUGUUGGAGCCAGAGACAAGAACAAUCAGUCUUCUAUCUGCAUUCGGGUGCAGCACUUGCCUUGAACAUGGCUUGGAUAAAGUUAUAGAGGCUGAAAUGACACUCCGGACUGGCCAGGCCAACAAUGCAGUGGAGAAGAUCCGGCACCACAUUGGCCAUCAGUCUCUUAUCUGGCACAAGGAGGUCAGAGAAUCCCGGGGCAGUCAGCACCAGGGCGGAUUGGCUCGCAGUAAGCUUGAUGUCCAGAGUGCCAAGGUCAAUCUGCAGAGGCUCUAUUACAACCACGCCCGGAAGGCAAUGCUGGAACUCAAAGGCCCCAAGGACAACAUCACCAAGUACCAGGUCAUGACAAGGCAGGACCUCAAGGCCUCAACAGCAGAGCUCCGGCCAGAUGCCACUGGACUGCGCCAUGAGGGCCUAUCAUGGCUGUGGACUCUGGAUGUUGAUACAAUGUUGGCUAGUCCGGAUGGGGACACUCUGUUGAAUGAAUGUGAGUCUGGUAUCUCUCCGGAAAGACUCUGUACUGAUGCUUGUCAGUUGCAUGGAUGCACUGGACAAAGGCCAGGUGCCGGACUGACAGGGCCAUGGAGGAGCUGA